AUGUCAGAAAAUAGUAAUGGUUUUCCUGAGGUAGAAGAAGGGUCGGUGGAAAAUCCUGACUCAAAUGUUUUGGCGGAACCCACUUCUGCCGCUGUGACUGAUGCAGCUGCCCAUGGCGUUGAACCAGUUCAUGAGCUAGAUAACUCAAAGCCUAUGGAAGAUAAGCCCAAUGAUGCAAAGGUUGUUGAAGAUGGGGGUAGAGAUGAUAUGUUUGUUGAUUGCCCCGAUGAGAUAGAAACCUCAGAAACGACUUCAGAAGAUAGGGAAGAAAUACAGAAUGCUCAAGUAGAAGAAAUUCAGAGUAGACCAUCGAGAGAAGGCGAAGAUUUGAUAGCUGAGAUAGACGUCUUGCACACCAAACUAGAGGAAGCUGUUAGCGAAAAGCAAACCGUUGUGCAAAAAUAUGAGGAAGAAAGAGGAACAUUAAUGGAGAUUGCAGAUAGGGUUUUAGCUUUUUUCCCCCCAACAGUUGAUCAAGGAGAGCAAUUCUCAGAUGAUUUUGUGAGAGACAAAUUCUUGCAUGUCGAGAGAAGUAUCUCAGUCUUGAUUGAAAACUAUAAUCAGUGUCUUUCUGGAGUUGAGAAACUUAAAUCUUGCUUGAGGGUUGUAAAACCAGAUGUUUCAAUGGAGGACAAAGUUGGAAUAUUUGUUAUUGCACAUGAUGAGCUGCUUGAGCUUAGAACAAAAGAGAAAGAUUUGGAAGGAAAGCUGACCCAUUUUGAAAAUGAAAAUACAAAAUUGAUAGAGCAAAUUGAAAAGAACAAAGCUGUCAUUGAGAGUGCGAAUGCGAAAAUUGGAAAACUAGAAGCGGAACUAGAGCAGGAGAAGACAAAGUCCUCUAACACUAAAGAGAAGCUUAGCUUGGCUGUGACUAAAGGUAAGGCUUUGGUGCAGCAACGAGAUUCACUGAAGCAAGCUCUGGCAGAGAAAACAAGUCAACUGGAGAAAUGCUUGUCAGAACUUCAGGAGAAGUCAAGUGCACUAGACUCUGCAGGGCAGGAUAAGGACUUGCUGAUAAAAGCUGAAAUGAUGGCUGUUCAGCUACAGGAAUCUCUAACUCAAAAGGAUUCGUUGCUUAAGAAAUGUGAAGAAAUUUUGUCGGAUACCGAUGAAGUUGAGUCUAUGGAUUUUGUUGAGAAACUCAGAUGGAUUUCAAAUGAGAGAAAUGCACUCAAGGGUUUGAAGUUACAGGUUCAAAAAUUCUCAGAAGCAUUGUCACCAGUUAUUUUUCCCGAAAACAUUCUGUCAAAUGAUAUGGAAAGUCAACUUACUUGGCUUGCUCAGUCAUUCUCUGCUUACAAAGAAGAAGUUAUUAAGUUGCAAGAAGAGAUAGUUGAGACAAGAGAAGCUUCAAAUAAAGUGAUUGAACAUCUUGUUGCUCUGAGUUCAGCUGAAACUCAGGAAAAAGGUUAUCUUCAGGUGGAACUGGAAGAUUUAAGAAGUAAAUAUGAAAGGAUUUUUGUGAAAGAGAAUCAAGUCUCGCGUGAAAGGUACGAAAUUGUCAAUAUGUUGCUCGAAGCUUCUGGGAUGACAACAAUAGAUACACCAGGGAAUGUUAAUAUAUCACCAUCUGACUUGGCGACAAUCAUUGGAAAGCUCAAAGAAGAAGCGAAGGAAUCUACUGAAUCUUUUGAGAGUCAUGCUGGAAUUUUUGAUAAAUUCCAGAGCCUUCUCUUUGUUAGGAAUCAGGAGAUGGUUUUGUGCCAGCAUUUAUUGGAGGAGGAAGUGGUGACUUAUAGGGCCAAGGUGGAUGAGAUUUCAGAUAAGUUUGUAGCUUUGAAUGAAGAGCUUCAAAAACUGAAAGAUGAAAAAGCAUCUCUAGAGGCUGAACUUGUAAAAUCUGAGGAUAAAGCUGCUUUAAUACGAGACAAGUUAUCUAAAGCAGUUAAGAAGGGCAAAGGUCUGGUUCAAGAGCGGGACAAUUUGAAAAAAGUUAUCGAUGAGAAGAUUGCUGAAAACGAAAGACUGGUGGCUGAGUUACAAGUGCAAACGUCUGAAUGUAAUGAUUUGAGGAAUCAGGUUACGAAACUAGUUGUUGAUGUGGGCUCCAUUCCUAUGUUAGAGACAGAACUUGUUGCUGUUAAGGAACAAAGAAAUCAACUUGAACAGUUCCUUGUGGAGAGCAAUGGCAUGCUGCAGAAAGUCAUCGAUUUGGUCGAAAAAAUUAAUCUUCCUGAUGGCUUAGUUUUUAAAGAGCCAGUAGAGAAGGUUAAGUGGCUCACAGAAUAUGUGAAUGAAGCACAACAUGAAAUAGAGAAACUGAAGGAAGAAUCCAGUACUUUAAAUGACGCCUUAUCUGUUGCACAAAACAGUGUUGCAAACGUUUUAGAAGAAAAGGGAGAACUUGAAGCUGUUAAAGAUCAGACUGAACGGGAGUUGCAGAGAGCGUUGGAGGAAGUUGCUUUACAGAAGGGGAAGUUCACAGAAGUGUCGGCUAACAUAAAAUCAUUUGAAGAUGCUUUGACCGAGGCCGAGGAAAACAUCUCUAACCUUACAAGAGAGAAGGAAGAUGCUGUAAGUAGUAAAGAAGUUAUCGAGUUAGAGCUUAGCAGAUCAAAUGACAGGCUUGCCGAUGCUGAAAAAACCAUACAAUCGCUUGAAGAUGCAUUGUCUCAGGCACAAAAAAGUCUAUCUUUGAUGGCUGAGGAACAUAAGAUGAGGGAUAUUGGUCGAGGUGAUCUGGAGGAUGAGAUGAAGAAGCUCAAGGAAGAAGUUGAAUCCCAGGCUAUCAAACUUGCUGAUGCUGCCGUGACUGUAAAAUCACUGGAAGCUGCUAUAUCUGAUGCAGAAAACCGAAUCUCUGAUCUUGUAAAAGGAAACAAAAUGGCAGAACAGGAGAUUUCCGACCUUAAUUCUAAGCUGCAAGUUUGUUACCAGGAGUUGGACGAGUCCCGUGGCAGGAAAUCAAAUACCUCAUCGGAGCUUGUUAAUCUUGUUGCCAGUAUUCAGAAGAUGCAAAAUGAUGAUACUGUGUCCUCGAUAUUGAAACAGAGUUUUGAUAAGAAAGUUGAGAGUCUGAAAGAUGUUGAUAUUCUUCUUGAAGAAAUCCGGGAUUGCUUUUCUGACAUGAUUGGUUCGGACAUGUUGCAAAAUCAUUCCUUCCCUGAGGAUGAUUAUUUUGUCGCAACACUUUUACCGGAUGGGCUCGAAGAAGUCUUCAAGAUAGAAAUGAUAAACGGAGAGGUGACUCAUGGCAUGCGUGAUGAUGAUAGUAUUGUGCUACACAUGAAGAGAACUAUUGAAGGAUUACAACUAAGAGACAAGAAUGCGGCCGAGCAAAUAGAACGCUGCUCCAGAUUUCAGGACGACUUCAUUAUGGCUCUUUUAAAAAGAUUAAGGGUAGCAAAAGAUGGGGUAAUAGUUGCCAGCAAGCUAAUUAGCUCUCUGAAGCAGAGAGUCAGCGAUGUCGAAAGGGAUAGUCAAGCACAGGAGAAUGCAAUUUCUGUGUUGGAAAGUGAUGUAAAGAUGUUGUUGUCUGCCUGUACUCAAGCUACAGAAGAGUUGGCGCAAGAAAUUGAAGUUAACUUAUCCGUUCUAAACUCCAUUCAUCAAUCAGAAAAUCUGAUGAACAGCGAUUCCUUGGAAUUGCAUGAUGGAUUAGUUAACAGUGAGGUAAAAUUUGAAGGCAGUAGAUAUGUGAAGACUGCUGAGGACCUGUUGCUGGCCUCGCUACGGAGUAGAAAUCUAAGUGAAGAGAUUCACAAACUGAUCAAUAUGGUAGUUUCCUCGGCUGAUGACUUGCAGAAAGAGUUGAGAGAAACAAAGGCCACAUGCGAGAAACUGUCAGAAGAAAGGGAUGUGACCUUGAAGAAAAUUUCUGAGCUAGAAAACAAUCUCGCAGCAAUGGGAAACUUGCAAAAUGAGUUGAGCGAAAGUAAAAUCAUGUGCGAGAGAUUGUUAGAAGAAAGGGUGACUAACUUGAAGAGAAUCUCCAAGCUAGAAGACGAUCUUGGAAUGGUGGAGAACUUGGAGAAGGAAUUGAGAGAAACUGAGAUCACGUGCAAUAAUUUGUUAGAAGAAAGGGAGGUAAACUUGAAGAAAAUUUCUGAGCUGGAAACCAAUCUUGUAGCUGCAGAGAACUUGUACGACGAGGUGAGGCAUAAAGCAGAUGAUUAUCAGGCCAGGGAAGCGGCUUUACUCAAGGAGAGAGAGAAGCAUGAGACUGAGGAGUUGCCCUUGUCAUCCUCUCUAAUCAAAUCCCUUUUUGAGAAGAUGAGUGCAAUCGAUAUCUCUUUUACAGAGCUUGAAGUUGAAAACUUUGAGAACCACUAUGUUGCUGCUGACGUUCGAAAGCUCUUCUACAUUGUUGAUAAAUUCGAUGGAUUGCGAGAACAGGUGAAAUCAAAAUUUCAAGAAAACAAAAGUAUGACGUCAAUGCUUGAGAAACAAGAAAUCGAAAUGCAGCAUCUGAAGGAAGAAGUUGAAGAAAGUUUAAUAAAGAUGCAAGAGGCUGAAAAGACGGAGACUGAGCUUGUACUACGGCUCAAAAAUCUCAUUCAGAAAUUAGGGGUUGGUGAUGACUUUGUUGCAGAUGUUGUGAAGAUUGAUGAUUUAAGUGGAUGUCUUUUAACCCUGGAGAAGAUGGUCAGGAGUACAAAGGCGGAGUCUGAGAAUCUAACGUCAAAAAAUGAAGAACUGAGUGCUAAAUUGCUUGCUACGCAGAAAAUGUUGGAUGAACUAUCCGGGCAAGUGAAGUUACUUAAAGAUUCUAGUCAUGGCGGGGCAACUUUUCCAGAGAAGAUUAAGGAGAAGGGCAUCUCUGAACCAUCUUCGUCAAAUUCUGAGCCAGAAAUAUCUGAAAUUCAAGACCUGGGUCCCAUGGGUAAAACUGCGGCAUUGACGGCUGUACCAUCUGCUGCUCAUGUCCGAACUCUGCGGAAGGGAUCAAGUGAUCACCUUGCGAUCAGUAUAGAUCCUGAAUCUGAAAGAUUAAUAGACAAUGAGCAAUCUGAUUUAGAUAAAGGUCAUGUAUUCAAGUCUCUGAAUACGUCAGGACUCAUUCCUAGACAAGGGAAGAUGAUUGCAGAUAGAGUUGAUGGAAUUUGGGUAUCUGGUAGCAGAGUUUUAAUGAAUCAUCCAAGAGGGAGGCUAGGUCUUAUUGCUUAUUGCCUCUUCUUGCAUCUUUGGUUACUAGGCACCAUUUUGUAA